UUUACUCUUUCUACUGAAGAAAUCACAGAUGAUGGCUUCUGACGCUAGUCAUAUGCUGGAAGCAGCUUUGGAGCAGAUGGAUGACAUCAUUGCAGGUACAAAGUCAGCUACAGAAUAUGCUAAUGGUGGUUAUGAUAUUGUGUCACCUGCUCCAUCAGUAUACUUGGGCACAUUUCAAAUUUUGCAUCUCCUGGAAGAUCUAAAGAUGGCGCUGGAAAUGCUAGAGGAUCCUCAAGAGAAAGAAGCAUUGCGAAAUCAAAUUCCGGGGGCCACAGCAGUGUGUAUACGGGAGUGGUUUGAAGAGAAUCUGUCACAGGUGAAUCAUCAUUCAUCUAAUAAUGAAACAUAUCAAGAAAGAUUGGCACGAUUAGAAGGUGAUAAAGAGUCACUCAUACUGCAGGUGAGUGUGCUUACAGACCAAGUAGAAGCUCAAGGAGAGAAAAUCCGGGACUUAGAAAUCUGUCUUGAGGGGCAUCAGUUGAAACUGAAUGCUACAGAAGAAAUGCUUCAACAGGAGCUGCUAAGUCGAACGUCGCUAGAGACUCAAAAAUUAGACUUAAUGGCUGAAGUUUCAGACCUGAAGAUUAAACUGGUUGGUAUGGAAAAGGAGCAGAGUGAAUAUGAAGAGAAACAGAACAAAGCUGAGGGUUUGCUUCAGGAACUUAGACACCUCAAAAUAAAAGUGGAAGAACUGGAAAAUGAAAGAAAUCAAUAUGAGUGGAAAUUAAAAGCAACUAAAGCUGAGAUAGCCCAGCUUCAGGAGCAAUUAGCUCUCAAAGAUGCAGAAAUAGAACGCUUACAAAGUCAGCUAUCCAGGACCUCAUCACAUAAUGAAGUGGCAGAAAGAGAGGAAGUUUAUAGGAGAAGGCUAAAAGAAAAACAUCAAGAAGUUCAAAGGUUGAAGAUAGGAAUGGAAUCGUUACUGGCUGCAAAUGAGGAAAAGGACCGUCGAAUAGAAGAGUUAACACUGUUGCUAAGCCAGUACAGGAGGGUCAAAGAGAUAAUGAUUGCAGCUCACGGUCUUGUACGGCAGAAUGGACACUUGUAUUUAACACACAAGAACAGGGAACGAGAGUCAGGCUCUUCUGUCUCUGGUGGCAGUGAAGAGGAACUUGAGACAACUUUAAGGAAGUGGAAUGUUUUGACUAAUCCUCAAGGAGAAUUAUUGAAAACAGAGGCAUCUUCAGGAGAAUUAUCACCAGCUGUGCUGUCUCCAUCGCCACACAAAGCUACGGAAAUCAGUGGAAGCAUUCCAGUAUCUUCAACUAAUUUAACCUGUCCACAAGAGGAAUCUCUGGAAAUCAUCAGCAGGAUUCCACAGAAAAAAAAGUCAAGUAGUUUAGAAGACUUGCAAAGCGAAUCCCUGGAAAAGUUUGUAGACGGAAAACCAGUACAGCGUGUUGUAGAACAAGAGAGUAAGCCGCUUGCAAAAGGCAGCAAGUACCAAACCUUGCCAGGGAAGCUGCCUCGACCCCUGCAGAAUGGAGAGCAGGGAACAUGUAAUUCAUCAGAUGGGUCUGGUGUGAACGACUCUGAGGACAGCAGCUUUCUGGGCCUGAAUCGCAUCAGGAGUGUCAGUGCACCAGUGCUAGGAGACACAGAGAACGUGGAUGGUACAGUGGUCUCAGAUGACCUUUCACCUCUUUCUUCGGGAACGGAUUCAGGCCCACAAUCUCCAUUGUCUCCAGAAAACAGAAAGAGUCCAAAAGGGAUCAAGAAAAUCUGGGGAAAAAUAAGAAGAACUCAGUCAGGUAACUUCCCUGCAGACGACCUGGGGUUGGCAGAGUUUCGAAGAGGCGGCCUCCGUGCAACAGCUGGGCCUCGGUUGUCCAGAUCAAAGGAAACCAAAGGCCAGAAAAGUGACUACAAUGCUCCAUUUGCUCAGUGGAGCACUGAAAGAGUUUGUAACUGGCUUGAGGACUUCGGUCUUGGUCAGUACGUCAUAUUUGCACGGCAGUGGGUGACUUCAGGUCAUAUGCUGUUGACUGCGACACCUCAGGACAUGGAAAAGGAAAUGGGAAUAAAGCAUCCACUGCACAGGAAGAAAUUAGUUUUGGCCAUUAAAUCAAUAAAUGCAAAACAAGAUGAGAAGUCUGCACAGCUUGAUCAUAUCUGGGUGACACGAUGGCUCGAUGACAUUGGUUUACCUCAGUACAAAGACCAGUUUCAUGAAGCCAGAGUGGAUGGGAGAAUGUUGCAGUACUUAACUGUGAACGACCUUCUCUUUCUGAAAGUCACCAGUCAGCUGCAUCACCUGAGUAUUAAAUGUGCCAUUCAUGUGCUGCACAUCAACGGUUUCAACCCCCACUGUCUACGCAGGAGACCAGUUGAAGAGAGUAACGGUUCACCGUCUGAAGUUGUUCAGUGGUCCAACCACAGAGUGAUGGAAUGGCUCAGAUCAGUCGACCUGGCAGAAUACGCACCGAACCUUCGAGGAAGUGGAGUGCAUGGUGCCCUGAUUCUUCUGGAGCCUCGCUUCAAUGGUGACACACUGGCGAUGCUGCUGAAUAUUCCCCCUCAGAAGACUCUGCUGCGGCGCCACCUGACGACCAAUUUCAACGUAUUAAUUGGACCAGAGGCUCAACAAGAAAAGAGAGAAAUAACAGAGUCCACAGCAUACACACCUCUGACCACCACCGCCAAAGUCCGGCCAAAGAAACUUGGAUUUUCACAUUUUGGAAAUUUAAGGAAAAAGAAAUUUGAUGAAUCAACAGACUACAUUUGUCCUAUGGAUACAAACCCAGGUGCUACAAAUGGUUCUCAGAAAAACUAUGGUGGAUACAAAGGCCUUAGUCCCAUCACUGACAGGGAGCUGGAUCAGAUGGAACAUUCAGAAGGAACAGUAACGCAAAUAGGGGCUCUUUCUCAAGGCAUAAACCAUCUUACGACGAUGUUAAGCCAAGAUGAAAUGCUGAAUGACAGCAGAUUUUUAACACCUACCUUUGAAGACUGGAGAUGAUGUUUCAGUGUGACCAAGAACACUACUAAUACCUCAUGCCUGUCCAGAGGGGUGGCCAGG